AUGAUUAUAGUUAUCUUCUGUAUGACCUCUGCCAAGGAGAUGCCAUUAGGUUUUGGUAGGGACCAGGAUCCUGGAGUUUUUUUAAAGGUUACAUUAGUUCCCCGUAUUGCAGUGACUAUAGGAGUAACUAUUAUGAAUAUCUUUACCUGGUUCACCUCUGCCGAAGAGUUAAUGUUAAUGGUUGUCACCAGUGUACUUGAGAAAGAGGUGGUUUUGAUCCAGUUCUUCAAGUAUGAAUAUUUUCAAUGCAUCAUUGAGCCUGUUGCCUUGGCGGAGGUACAAUCAAAGAAACCGGUACUGACCCUCAUGUAUUCCUCCGCCGUUACAGUAACUCCUGUCUCAUCGCGAGAAAUUUCAAUCAGUGUGUCGUCUGACGUAAUCGGUGAAGAUUCAGCCAUGCAUAGAGGCAGAGGUGGAUAUAUUCAGAGCCUGCUCAAGGCACAGAGGGCAAAGGCUGAGAAUGUUACACAGGAAGUGCAGUUGCAAUCACACGACAAAAGCCAUACCAGGGAGGUGCCAGGGCAACAGAUUUCAGAUGGCAAGGAAGGCCUAUGGCAGGAGUCGCCUGAAAAAUGGGCUAAAAGUAUUUGGGAUGAGUCGCCUAUUAAACAAGGUUCAUGGCAAGAGUCUCCCCGAAAGCAAGAUGCAUGCCAAGUGUUGCACAGCAAGGAGGGCACACACCCCAUCUCUCAGGAUGUUUGGCGAGAUUUGCCUAGUCAGCAGAAUAAGUGUCGGGUGUUACCAAUACACCACAGCACAGGGCAGCAGUUUUGCCCUCAAGGACAGCAGCAGAAUUUGAAAAAUCAGCAAGACAAACUUCUAAAUAACAACAACAACUUAAAGUCAGCAGAUAUGAAUAUGAGUAAACAGUUUGAAGAUGCAGGCAAGCUCUUUGCAUCCAUGACUGUCUCAGCUAACAGUCGGCAAGGACAGACACAAAAUCCAUCUGCAAACAAGGCCACUUCUGGAAUGGUAGAUGGCAGCAAACAAGGUCAAGGAGGACGUAAGGACCUUCCAGCUUCCACUACAGCAUUUGAUAAAGUGCCAGUGAAUCCUGCUCCCCAAGGCACAGAGGCUAAACAAAAUACGGCCUGCAUUUGCUCCCGUCCUAAGAAAAGAGUCUGGUGUAAGAAUUGUGGCAGCAUGAUAAUGGGCCGCAUAAACAUUGUUUGCCAGGAACAUAUACAGGUGAUGUACUUAUCUGACCACAGAAACUGUUGGAGUUGCAGAGCACCACUUGAAUAUCUGAUGGAAUUGGAUGACGAUGUGGUCCUUCCGAAGGCCAAGCCGAAAGAUUCUCCCUUACGUAAGAAUCGAGUCGCCAACCGGCAGGAGUAAUGUUGUGUUGAAUGUUUUGCCUGUACUGUCAGAUUGAAGUGUGUGAUCAUGGUUUUGCUAUAUAGAAUGAAUUAAAAUUAGGGUUCAUUCUCAACAGUAGUGUAAAUUGUUAGGAGUGAGGUAGAUGAUUAUUAACUAGUCAAGACCAUCACUUGAUUUAAAUGAUUGUCAGGCUUUAUGAAUAUUAAUGAUUACUAGCGGCAUUUCUCAGGUGAAUGACCUGUAUGUGCACACACCCACAUUUGCAUACAUUUUCCAAGAACAUCCAUAAAUGUAUAUGGACAAAGAGAAACCAGCCCAUUACACAUCCUUCACAUAAAGGAUCCCCCAACAAUUUAACAUUCAUAAAUGAAAAAGCACAGGUAGAAACAGAAGAGAAUGGUAAUUGCUACAACACCCAAAUUACACAUCCCCUCUUAGAACUUUCCUUUCAUGAGGAUAAACACCAUUGCAUGUAGAUAAAGACACAAGCAGUCACAAAUUCCACAGAACAAAUUGCAAUUACUCAGGUUUACACCUACAGGCACUAACUAAACACUGACAUACAUGCAUGCGUUUACAAGCACACGCACAUACACACGCACGCACACACACAC